UCUGUAUACCUAACCACAGUGUUAUGUCCUUCAGGAAGAAGAGCCGAAAGGGGAAGAACGAAGAAGAAGAAGAUGAUCAUCCCAGUCCGCUGCUUCACCUGCGGCAAGGUGAUUGGGAACAAAUGGGACCAGUAUCUUGACCUCCUGCAGGCUGAUUACCCUGAAGGGGAUGCUCUCGAUGCGCUGGGGCUAGUCCGGUACUGUUGUAGGCGUAUGCUCAUGACCCAUGUGGACCUCAUCGAGAAGCUUCUCAACUACAAUACUUUGGAGAAAUCCGACACCAGUUGAGGAAGCUCAUGGAGCUAGAAGUUUUGGGGAGCCGACGUAUAACUAUCGUGUGCAUUGUUCGUGUUUUGCCUAGAACAUUGUUAGCGAGCGAUCUCUGUCCUUGUGCUCAGCGAGGUUUACCUUAGUUUGAUGUACUGAGAACAGUCAAAUUUGGGAGAAACAUUAAUGAACUUGGUAAUGGGAAAUAUACCAUUGGCUUAAUUUGGAUUA